AUGGCGUCACGAGCUACAAGGAAACACAAGAACAGCGCGCCUCCAGCACCAACAACUGCAAACAAAAGAGCACGCCGUCAGGAAGCCGACCAGCCGGCGGCCAGAAAAGCAACUGCGUCACGCGCCCGGACUUCAAGAGCCAAAAAAACGAUCGACCAGGAACAGCAGACGGACGAACCCCAACAAGAAAUGACGGUAUCUCGAGCUACCCUACCGCGACAAGCAUCAACGCCAGUUCCCGAUGAGCAGCAGCAGCGGACAUCAUCACCGCCGAUAUACCCGUACGAGCCAGAUAUCAUCGUGCAGCAGGCACAGUUGCAGACAACGAGCUCGAACGCAUCAACCGUCGAAGGCGAGGACUACGCCCGAGCGCCGAGUCGCAACGAUCAAACCCCAGGUAUAGGAGUGAGCGGCCGAUAUAACGGCAACGCGAACGAUGCGACUGCAUCAUUUAUCGAAACCGUCAAUGGACUUUUGCGCACGAUUCGAGACGCAACCGUAAGCGAAAACGGACCGCGAGCGGGGCAGCUGAACUAUUUAAAAGAUUUGUCCGAAUUUCGAGGAAAUCCGCUUAAGUGGACGCACUUUGAAGCGAUGUAUCGCGAGUCGACACGAAACUACGGAUACUCUAACCGGGAAAACAUCGCGCGUCUUCAAAAAGCCAUCCACGGAAAGGCAGCCGAACGAGUUGGGACGCUGUUAGACACCGCGACCGAUCCAGAAAAAGUGAUGGAAUCACUCGAAAUGCAGUUCGGAAAUAGCGCCGCGAUCGCGAACACGAUAUCCGAGGAUAUAUAUCGAUUGCGUUCCUUAAAAGAAGGAAAAUGUAAUAUUGUAGAGUUCGCAAACGGUAUCAACAACGCAGUGUCGGCGUUUAAAUCGGUGAACCUAGAAAAUCAUUUAAGCAAUAUAAAUCUCAUGCGCCAUGCAAUGAAUAAAUUACCAAGCGGCUUGACGACUGCCUUCUACGAUUACGCGGCGGGCGUUACAAACGAGAUAACGGGCUUAGAAAAAUUGGCCGACUUCUUGCAGCAAAAAGCUAGGAACGCAGUUAAGUCCGGACUGCUGGAAGCAUCGACACUUCUGACGCAUAGAGACGACGAUAGGGCUAGAAAGCCUCGGGAUGUGCCGCGUCGAGAGCGAAACAACGAAGGGAGACCUGGGCGAAGCGCGCAUAUCUGCACGAUGGUAGAUCGAGAGCGCUCGACGAGCCGCGAGAGAGGAGUCAACCGAUCAGGCUGCGUUUUUUGUCUCCGAGAAGGACACGUGUUAGCCGACUGCCACAAAUUCACUCGAGAAUCUGUGCAGUGUAGGCAUGCGCUCGUCAAGCAACUGCGGGUCUGUUUUCGGUGCCUAAAGAGCGGACACAUGGCGCGAGAAUGUCCCGAGAAAUCAGGCUGCACUAUAUAUAGCGGGUCAACAAUUACUGUAAUUGAUAAGAAUUUAGCUAAGCAAAUCGGAUUACAAGGAGAAAACGUAAACGUGUCGGUAAAGGGGCUCUGGAGCGGAUCGACGCAGAGAAAGUGCCAAAGGGUAAUGUUCGUCGCGGAAGGAACGCGGGGCGCCCAAAUAAUUGAACACGCGUUGACAGUUGCGAAUUUAGAAUUGCCCUUGCAAAGAAUCCCGUCAGAAAUUAUACGGCGCGUGCAAGAACAGGAAGGUCUUGAUCUAGAGACUUAUCAGAACGCUCAACCGAAAAUUCUGCUAGGACAAGACAACUGGCGGCUACUAGAAAGCAGCGAAUCGCGACGCGUCAAUGGCACGUGCCUCGUACUAUCGAACUCGCCGUUGGGAUGGGCAAUACACGGGUAUUUAGAAGACGAUCAAAAGAAAACGCGUAGUCUUUUUGCCCAUGCAAUCCGCUGCACUGACGAGCGCCCCGAUAGUGAUUCUCGGCUGGCCUUAUUAAAAUUGGAUACAUUAGUGCGAGGUUAUUUCGACUUAGAUAAUUUAGGAGUAGCGGCGCCAAAAGGAAGUGAACGGGGGGAGGACCGCGCAAUGAAAAUUCUAAAGGAAACGACGAAAAGGGUGGGCAACGUAUGGGAAACGGGCCUUUUAUGGAAAAGCGACAGAUUGCCAAAUUUAAAUACUCGAGCAACAGUAAUGAAAAGACUGCGUGCAACGGACAAAAAAUUAGAUAGAGAUCCGUUAUUCGCGUCGUUAUAUUACAAGGAAAUGGAUAGGUUAAUAGAGAACGGAUAUGCCACAAAAACAAAAGUAAAUGCCAAAAACCCCCGAGAACGCUACGUGUCUCAUUUCGGCGUGCAGAACGUGAAUAAACCCGGAAAGGUUCGCUUGGUUUUUGACGCGGCAGAAAAAACCGAUGGAAUAAGCAUGAAUGAUUUGCUUGACACGGGGCCGGACUUACUCGAGUCUCUUCUCGGCGUACUACUGCGAUAUCGGCAACAUCCCUUUGCGGUAAAAGCGGACAUACAGGAUAUGUACUUGAGAGUGAAGGUCAUCGAGAAAGAUCGCGCGUCGCAAUUAUUCUUGUACCGCGGAGAUGAUAGGCAGCGAGAGCCCGACGUUUAUGCCAUGACGUGCCUGAUUUUCGGAUCCAAGUCAUCGCCAUGCAGCGCGUUAUACGUGAAAAAUUGCAAUGCCGAGAGAUACGCAGAAACGAAACCUGUAGCUGCGCGAAGCAUCAUUAAGAAUAGCUAUAUGGACGACUAUUUAGUUAGUGGGGGGAGCAUUGAGGAAAUGCAAAAGCUGGUUAGAGACGUCAAGCAAAUCAACAGCGAAGCCAAUUUCGUCUUGCACGGAUGGGCCUCAAACGACGAACGCAUUGUCAAAUUCGUGAACAAAGACGAAAAACUAGGCCGCGAGACGAAAGCGAGCCUAUGUAACGUGGAAGAACGUGUGCUCGGGUUAUACUGGGAUUGCGAAAAUGAUAAAUUAAGCUUCAAUGUAGGGAUAAAUAAGAUCGAUGAUAACGUGUUGCUAGGAAACUUGAAACCAACAAAACGCGAAUUUUGCAGCAUAAUAAUGUCGGUGUACGAUCCGCUCGGUCUCUUAUCUCCAUUUCUUCUCUGCGCAAAGGCGAUUAUGCAAGAUAUCUGGCGUAGCGGGGUAGGAUGGGACGCGAGAAUACGCGAAAAAGAGUUUAUUGCGUGGAAGCAAUGGUUGACAAAUCUUGUAGCGAUCAAAGACUGUAGCAUACCGCGAUGCUUCAUAUCUAUCGGGACCGAUUAUUUCCGCACGCAGUUACACGUAUUCUGCGACGCGAGCUUACAGGCGUACGCCGCUGCCGCGUACCUCCGAACCGAGUCUCACGACGGUAAAGUCGAUGUAUCGCUCGUGAUGGCGAAAACAAGAGUCGCACCAGUCAAACCGACAACAGUUCCGCGUCUAGAGUUGCAAGCGGCAGUUCUCGGAGCGCGGAUAGCCUCGACUGUAUCCGAAGAACUAGACAUCAAAAUAUCGGAGAAAAUCUUUUGGUCGGACUCAACGACAGUUUUGCAGUGGAUUCGCGCGGGCCCACGACUAAAGCAAACAUUCGUGCGAAAUCGUUUAGGAGAAAUAGGGGACAAGACGCAGAUUUCAGAGUGGCGCUGGAUACCGACGCGAGCAAACCCAGCAGACGACGCGACCCGUCCAUCAAAAGAGCCCAUGCGACCGACUGAUCGGUGGUUCGUCGGGCCCGAGUUUCUGCACCGAGCGUCGCAAACGUGGCCAAAGGAAAAAUCGUUGCUAGGUACUGAAAAGCAAGAAAUAAACGCAUUAGAGUCACGACAGGAGUUCGUCGGGAUGGCGACCACAAAUAUCGCGAGCGCACCGAUAACGGGACAACUCUUCGGCUGGCACGGAUUGUUGAUUGUAGGGUCGCGCAUGCAGAAGUACGCUCAUCGUUGGAUCGACCACGCGUUUGGUAAGAGAGAGCAAACGUCGCUCAGCAGCCCCAGAGAAACGAUGAGCUUACAGGAAGUUAGAUAUAAAGCCGCGCAUUUCUGGUAUCGAGAAAUACAGUCGUAUUGCUUUCCCGAAGAAAUUGACGCGUUGCAACGCGGCACAGCGGUGCGCAAAGGGGGAAGUUUGAGUGCAAGCUCAGCUAUAAUGGCCAUACAACGUUUUGCUUGUCGGAGGGGAUUUCCGCGCGCGAUGUACAGCGACAACGGCACUAACUUCGCUAAGGCCAGCAAAGAAUUACGGGACGCGGUGUUAGGCCUAGACAAUAACAAACUCAGACAGUACAGCGAUACUAAGGGCUUCGAGUGGCACUUUAACCCUCCCGAGGCGCCAUACAUGGGGGGAGCCUGGGAGCGACAAGUUCGUUCCGUAAAGAUAGCGCUGAAUCACGCGCUCAAAGAUCAGGCCCCGUUCGAAGAAGUUUUGAUAACGCUUCUCGCCGAAACCGAACACAUGGUCAACUCGCGUCCGCUCACUCAUGUUUCCGUGGACCCACGCGACGAAGAAGCGCUAACGCCCAACCACUUUCUGAUAGGCACGUCGUCCGGGCACUUGCGGCUAGAAAGAUAUGAAAGCGAAAUUUUAAACCCGCGUAAAACAUUCGAGAUAGCGCAACAACUCGCUCAAGCCUUUUGGAAGAAGUGGUUACGAGAAUAUCUCCCUACGCUUCUACCGCGAAAGAAAUGGUACUCUCCCGAGCCGCAGUUAAAAGUUGGAGACAUCGUUCUCAUAUUAGAUUAUCAGGCCUCGCGCAACUCGUGGAGAAAAGGUAAAAUCAUCGAAAUUUAUCCGAACGCAUCCGACGGAAUGUUCGAGUUGCUAAAGUCCGAGCGGGCAAAAGCGAACUAA